AUGUCUUUACAAACACUUAUUAAGAUUCAAGAGGAUAUUUAUAACAGAUUGUCUAAGGCGAAAAGUAAUUUUAAGAAAUCGCCCAAAGAUAGGAUUACUAAACAAUAUGUUGAAACUAGAUUGGAGAAUAUACAAGAAUUGUGGUCUCAGUUUACAUCUACACAUAUUCUUAUUAUAAAAGAUGAUUCUAUGGAUUUAAACUCAACUUCAUAUGUUAGGAAUGAUGUGUACGAUAAAACCGAGACUAUUUACUUAGACUUAAAGUGUGAAUUGAAGACUAUUUUAUCUAGUUUAGAAGGCGAUAUCCAUCAACAACCUAACAAGUCAAUUUCAAAUGAAUUAGGAAUUAACAAUAUGGGCGUUAAAUUACCUAAGAUAGUUGUACCUACUUUUUCGGGAAAGUACACUGAAUGGCCGACAUUUCGAGACUUAUUUAUUUCUUUAAUUGACAAAAAUAGUUCGCUUGCUAAAGUUCAGAAACUUCAUUAUUUAAAAAGUUAUCUGACCGGGGAAGCCGAGCAAUUGCUGAGGCAUAUUCCUAUAUCGGAAUGCAAUUAUGACAAAUGUUGGUCUCAGCUUGAAACACGGUACAACAACAAAAAAUAUUUGUCACAUUGUAUAUUAAAAAGAUUAUUAGGUCAAAAGAAUAUUCAAACCGAAUCAUCUGAAGCGCUUAAGGAGUUGAUGGAUACUACCUCUGAUUGUUUGGGUGCCUUAUCGAACUUAGGCAUUGAUAUAAGUUCAUGGGACAUAAUUAUAAUUCAUAUCCUUACACUAAAAUUAGAUGCUAAUACUAGAAAAGAUUGGGAAAUAAAUGUCACUAGCAAUGUCGAUUCUGAUAAGUUACCUACAUUUGCACAAUUUAAAGAAUUUUUGACGGGUCGAUACAGAGCUUUUGAGUUUUUAGAACCUGAUCCAACUCACAAAGUAACUAAAAAUAAUUUUAAUAUAAAUAAAUCUUUACAUGUUAUGAUUACUAUUAUGUUGUGUCAAUUUUGCAAGGAAGAACAUAAAUUAGGCUUUUGUAAACAAUUUUCGAAACAAGAUAUUGACACUCGGCGUAAGUUUGUGCAGGACAAUAAUUUGUGUUUUAAUUGCUUGGGCCAGAAUCACUCUGCCAGGUAUUGCCGCAAUGCAAUAACAUGCAGAAUUUGCAAACGCAGACAUCAUUCUUUGUUACACCCAAAAAACACAGAUGAAUCUGUUCAUCAUACAGAGGUCCAAGCGCAUGAUGAUAUGGAUGCAGAAAUAUCAUAUGAGGCAGUUGAAGAACAAGGUGAUAUGGUUGCCUGUUUUUCGAAAGGGCACGCUAGUCAAGUGUUGUUAGCUACAGCACUGGUCACAGCAUUGUUUAAAAACGGAGCUGAAUUCACAGUUCGGGCGCUACUAGAUCAGGGCUCUCAAGCUUCCUUCGUAACUGAAAAGAUAGUGCAAUAUUUAGGUUUAAAGAAACAACCCACCAAGGGAAUCAUUUCCGGAGUUGGCGGUGAUAAUAAUUUAAUAUCAAAAUCAAUGGUUUAUAUAAAAAUUCAAUCAAAAUAUGAUCCGACCGUCGAAUUUGUAGUUAAGGCUUACGUCUUGAAGUCAAUUACAUCUCUUCUUCCUGCAAGAAAAAUAACUGAAUUAAAAUGGGUGGAAAUAAACAAUAUACCACUAGCAGAUCCUCAAUAUCAUACACCUCAUAAAGUUGAUAUGCUAUUGGGAGCAGAGGUUUACUCUAAAAUACUACAAGAUGGUGUUAAAAGGGACCCGGGAGGUACAAUAAUAGCACAAAAAACUAGUUUAGGUUGGAUUUUGUCUGGAGCAAUUCGAUCAAGUGAUGUUGGUACAUCGCAUCUUAAAAUUUUGCAUAUUCACAUGAAUGAAGAUCAGGUAUUAAGAAAAUUUUGGGAAUUGGAAGCAGAGCCAAAUAAUAACAAAAAGAUUCCCACAAAAGAAGAAUCUUGGUGUGAAGAUCUGUUUCGUCAAACUACAACAAGAAAUGCAGAUGGUAGAUACGUAGUUCGUUUACCUUUUCGGAACGACGAUCCAGAUUGCCAAUAUGGCCAGUCUAGGGAUAUUGCACUGCAACGAUUUAAGUAUUUAGAGGCGAAAUUGAACAAAAAUAUUAAAUUAAAGAAUGAGUAUGUAAAUGUUAUCAAUGAAUAUAUCAAACUUGGACAUAUGGAAAGGGUAGAUCAAUCCCAAUUACAAAAUAAGUUUGCUGUAUACUUGCCACAUCAUGCCGUAGUGCGUAAUGAUAAGGACACCACAAAAGUUCGGGUUGUAUUCGAUGCUUCGUGCAAGGGAAAGAAUGGAGUGUCGCUUAAUGACGAUUUAUUGAUAGGACCUCCUCUUCAAUCUGAAUUAAGGCACGUCUUGAUGCGAUGGAGAAGGCACCCAAUUUGUUUGGUUGCGGAUGUCGUAAAGAUGUAUAGGCAAGUAAGAGUGGCUGCUGAAGACACAGACUUCCAAAGAAUAUUGUGGAGAGAAAACGGUAAUUCUAGCAUACAGGAUUACAAAUUACUUACAGUUACAUUUGGUACUGCAUCCGCUCCAUACUUAGCAGUAAAGGCAAUGCAACAAGUAGCUCAAGACGAAGGUGACGAAUUCCCACUUGCCGCUGAAAGAGUCAUGACUGAUUAUUACAUGGAUGAUCUCAUGACAGGGUGUGAAAAUGUGGAUACGGGCCUAAAAAUUUACAAUGAAAUGAAUUCUCUUUUAGCAAAAGGAGGUUUUCAGUUGCAAAAAUGGUCAAGCAACAGCGAUUAUCUGCUAAAAAUAAUAGAAAAGGAUUACUUGGAUAAGGAUAGGAGUGAAACAUUUAAUAUUAAGCAAGACGAAAUAAUUAAAACACUGGGACUAACCUGUAACCGAUGCCUUGACUCUUUUCAGUAUGCAGUAAAACUUCUUCCUCUGACUGAACCGAUAACAAAAAGAAAGGAAUUGGAUGGGAUGACGUAG